AUGAUUAAUAAAAUAAUUUCAAUAACAUUUUGCACUGGAGUUGGAGUACUUACAACAGAAUUAUGCUGGAGAUUGUGGAAAAGUUAUAAAAAAGCUAAAGUUUGUCAAGAAGAGGAGGAUGAAAAUAAUAAAUUGAUAAGUGAGGUAUUUUUUUUUGCUGAAGAUUCUAUGGGGUGCCGAGCACACGCGUCGAGGAAGAAAGCAUGUGGUUCAAGAUGUCCAAUUAAUUGUAUCAAUCGCAUAAUCUAUUAUAUGGACAACGCAAAGAAGACCCUAGAUGUCUGUAUGUACAUCGUAACAUGCCAGGAGAUAAUAAAUGCGAUUUCUCGUGCUCACAAGAGGAAAGUUAAUGUCCGAGUUAUCGCUGAUGCUAGCAUGUCGGAAAAUUCGGCAUGUGGAGAUCAAUUAACACGAUUGAGACGUACAGGCAUUAAAGUGAGGAUACAACGAUCAAAGGCGUCAUUAAUGCAUCAUAAAUUCACAGUGAGUGAUAAACAUACUUUGAUUUACGGCAGCACUAACUGGACAAUGCAAGCUUUCUUCGGUAACUACGAUGGAAUUAUUAUGACUAACCAGAAGCAGCUCGUCGAACCGUUUAAUGACGAGUUUGACAGAAUAUGGGAAAAGCUGAAGUAA